AUGGCAUCCCUUCUCAAAAACCUGGUCUUCAGACCAUCACUCCUCCCUGUCGCCUCCCCCAUCAGAACCUUCUCAACCACCCCCUCCCAAUCCGCAACCCUCAACCAAGUCCUCCGAGGAUGCCGAAAACCCCAAAAAGCCCGCCACCCCGUCUCCCCCGCUCUCUCAGCAAUCCACGCAGCCCAGCUCAAAGGCGUCUGCGUAAAAGUCGGCAUCACCAAGCCCAAAAAGCCCAACUCUGGCGAGCGCAAGACCGCUCGUGUGAGACUCUCCACCGGCAAGGUCAUCACCGCCUACAUCCCCGGCGAAGGCCACAACAUCCAGCAGCACUCCGUGGUUUUAGUCCGCGGCGGCAGAGCCCAGGAUUGUCCCGGUGUGCGGUACAGACUGGUGCGCGGAGCGCUCGAUCUAGGCGGUGUGGGCAGCAGGGUGAGCAGCAGGAGUAAGUUUGGGACGAAGAAGCCUAAGAAGGCGACGGUUUAA